AUGAACGCUCUUCUGUCGCUGUUGCUGCUGUUGGCGGUGGCCUUGGAGAGUGUGUCGGCCGGCUCCAUCAGGAAGCUAGUGGAUGGCGAUUUAAAACUCCUAGACGGUGACAACUUUGCUUCAGGCACGGUAGCAGUAUACCGUGGCUACGCGUGGGGCCGCGUCUGCGACGAUAACUGGUCGAUCCGUGAGGCAAACGUGGUGUGCCGCCAACUCGGACUUGGGUUCGCCGUACGCGCCCUAAAACGGAAUCAGUUUCAUUCCGUCAGUGGACGCAAUUACUUUAUGGAUAAUGUGCGGUGUCUGGGUAACGAGACGCGUCUGGUUGACUGCAAAUUUGACGGCUGGGCGAGGCACGACUGCGCGGAGCAAGAGGACGCGGGCGUACAGUGUGCCCAGGACGUCAGUCCACGCGCCAAAAUUCAAUGGAAUCCACUCCGGCUAGACUAUACAAGGGAGGAGCUCGAAAAGCUUGCUGAGGUGCCCUUCAGGUUGAAGAACAGGAGUACCAGCGGUUCUUACCAAGUGAAAGAACUAAACUCCACGCAAACCGUGGAGGACGCACAAAUUCUCAUCAUCUACCCUGAAAAUGGCGAGGCUGGAGCCGUUUGUCCUGAUGACUUCACCACAAUGGAUGCCAUCGUCGCCUGCAAGCAAACUAAUUCUGGAAUUGGCGGCCGCAUCGUUCCUUUGGACAGUGGUGUGUUUCCUGCAAUGAAGCACGUUGCCAUUAUUGGGCAUUGUUUUGGCAACGAGACCAGUCUUGAUCAAUGCAAACACUAUGUGGACCCAAACGGUGUAAAAUGCAAAUCAUCAAAAGCAGUCGCUCUUGCUUGCCAAGAUAAGUUGCCGGAUCUCAUUUCGGACAUUGAGCAGCUCGAGAAUUCAGUGCACAUUCAAAGGCUUAGACUGUGGCAUUUGCAGUGUGCACUUGAGGAGCACUGCUUCCCGGACAGUGUCUACACCUACAUUGCUAACAAUCCCGGACGCUACUACUGGGAUGCGCGAACUCUGAUUCGAUUUUCGUCCAUCACAAAGAACGUUGGAACGGCUCCAUUUUUGCCCGCUCUCAUACCAGAACACUGGGAGUGGCAUCCAUGCCAUGCGCAUUACCACAGCAUGAAAGUGUUUGGUCGUUACGAGGUCAUCGACAUAAUGGAGCGUCUCGUCUCCUACGGGCACAAGGCGAGCUUCUGUCUGGAGGACAAUCGUUGCGACAGAAACGUCACGAAGCAUUUCUUCUGCAGCAAUGUAAUGGAUACCAAGGGGAAACAAGGUAUUAGCCCAGGCUGCCAAGACGAGUACUUUUUUAAUUACGACUGCCAGUGGGUCGACAUCACCGAUCUUCCGGUAGGAGAUUACACUUACCAGGUUACCUACAACCCUCACUACUUGGUUCCUGAGAGCAAUUAUUUCAAUAAUGCCGUCACCUGUAAGAUGCAGUAUCGCGGCAAUUGGGGCCGUUUCUACGACUGUAAAAUAGUGCAUCCAUUUGAACUUCUGUAG